UUGUAAACUUCGCUCUCGAUUUUCGUAGCAUCGCAUGGUUUGUAGUUUCGUUGAAGUCUUUUAAAUUUAUUACUUUCGAGAGCAGGGGAAGGAAAAAAAACCAUUAAACAUUUAAAAUUAACCGAAUUUAACUCAGAAUGGCAGAGAUUGACGAAAAUGUCAAAAAUGAAAAAUCAAAUACAGAAGAAAAUGAUAUUGCAGGUAAGGAAAACAUCGACUUGAGUAAAGAAAAUAAUACUAUGAAUGAAGCAAAUGUGAAAUCGGGUCUCUCUGGGGAAGACAAUCAAGAAAGUACUGUAAUUAAUGAAAAAUUUCUUGAACCUUUUAAACAUGGAUGGUCAAGAGAGGUUGUUGAAAGAGCCACUUCACUUAAAGGGAAAAGAAUGUGUGAUGUAUAUUAUCGUUCUCCUGAUGGCAUGAAGAAAUUGCGUUCAAUUCCUGAUGUAAUAAAUUAUUUGGACUCUAUGGAAGAUACAAAUGGAUUGACAUCCCACAACUUCACCUUCUAUAAAAGACAUAUAUACAGAGAACCAUUCGAGGUUGUGCGGAAAGCAAAAGAGAGACCGCUUAAUAAAAGAAAUUCACCCACACAAGCAAAUAAUGUGAAGUCUCCUCGCUCGCCAAAACAAAGCACAUUUUCAAAGAUUGUUGGUUUUAAGAAAAAGUUGUCGCCGAAAGCUCAGCCAGGUAAAAGAAAGUUACUAUCAAAGCAGAAUUUAUUACUGAAUCCAGAAGAAAAACUUUUACAUAGAGCUGUUGUAACCAUUAUGCCAGUCAGUAUAAAUGACAACAAUUUUAUCCAGAAAAAUACAGAAAAUAAAGUAAAUUCUGGUAGUAAACUGAGAAUGGCAAGACCUUUUCUUCCCUCACAGAAAAGAAAUUAUUCUUCUGGAGCAGAUUCUCCAUGUAAAAAGUUCAAGAAUAAUGACAUAGAUGAGACAGAGAUUCAGCUAUGUUCUGAACGUUGUGCUGACGCCCUAGGAGAAUUACCAUCAUUACAAUGUUCCAUUUGCUUGUGUCUCUUUCACCCAAAAUGUAUAGAUUAUUCUGAAAACUCAACAGUUCCUUUUACAUGCAAGAGAUGCUGUGAUGUCAAAAUUUAUGCAUUACAAGAUAAAUUGAAGAUUUUAAUGAAAAACAGUAACGAAUCCAGCCCAAAGACGGACGAAUCAUUAACUGAUGAUGAGAGUUUGGCUAAUGUUUGUGUUCUCUCACCAGAAGUUGUUCUUCAACACGAAGGGUCAGACCAAGAUGAAGUAAUUGAACAACCGCAAAGUCAGAAAUCACCUUAUGAUGCAUCAGUUCAGAAUCCAUACUGGAAUACAGCUCCUGUUAUUAGACAGAUGCCUCCACUCAAACCUGCUUCUCAAUUGAUGCAACAACCAAGAGUCAUUGGCAAGAAAAUCUCUGUAGCAAGUACCUAUUAUCCACCUUGCAUCCCACAUAACUCACAGAUAAGAAUAUUGGCUGUUCCAACUUCAAAUCUUAGACUUCCUUUGAAUCAACAAGUAAAUAAUUCAACGCCUACUCCUCCUCCACCUCCUUUAAGACUUCCUAACGCAAAUGUGUUAGAGACUCCAAAGCUAGCUGCCAUUCCUACUAACAGAUUUAUUGUUUCAUCUGCUGUUACUACAAGACCAACCAGACCUUUAAUUCUUCAAAAAAAUUCUAAUCAGUGUAUAGUUUUAGCACCGCAAAAUAAUGUUCUUUGUACUGGAACAAACCAGCAAAUAUUAGGACCAUUUCCUGCUAGUUCAUUGCCACAAUUACUAGCAAUAGGAAAUAAAAUUGUCUGCAUUACUUCGUCAAAUCAGCCAACUCCAAAUGGAAAUGCCCAAGUACAACUUGCUGUACCUCUGCAGGAGACUGUGCAAGGAGUGGCAUGCACCAAACCAAGUGUAAAUAUUCCUGUAAAUAGUGAAACAAAAUCAGUUACCACUGCGGAAGUUCCUUCAAGACUUUCGACACUUUUAAAAAAUCCUACUCAGUGUGAAAACCCUUAUAAAAUACAAACAGAUUUAUUUAAAUCAAAGUUGGGUGCAUUAGGAAGUUUCACAAAUAAAAGUGAAGUUACUGAUAAUUCUGUGAUUUUAACAACAAAUGGAAAACCAAUUAUUCCUAUGACAUCUAGUGGAAUUAAAGUGUCAACAGAUAUAACUACUGUAGUAUGUCAUCCCACUUAUAAUUCAACCAUAUCUUACAAUGCAGCUGUAACCACUGCAGUGAAAAUGGAGACAACUACAACACCUGCAAUAACUACACCAAUGACUACAUCUAGAGUAACUUCAGAAGUAUUAACUGAAUCACCUAUUCCCAUUUCUUCUUCUAUACCCACUGCUUUGGUUCCUGCUUCUAUCAGUCAUCAUUCUCUGCCUGUGAAUCCUCUUCCCCCUCUACAGAUUUUUACUUCUGAUAUCCCACAAGUCAAAUUAGAUUUUACGAAGUGCAAUCAAAAUAUCAUAAAAAGUCUUCUUUCACCAUCCAAAAGUAUAAGUUCAACCUGGCAAGAAGAUAUUGUGUCUACAGUGUCUGCAGACAAUACAAAAGAACUAAAUCCAGAACGAGUAAAGAACUCGGAACCUGAGACAGAAAAAUUAAAAGAAAAGAAACCAUUUGUAUCUCAGACUGCAGAAUUACAAGAUCAACAGUCGGAAUCUCAAACCACAGAAUUACAAGAGAAACAAUCAGAAUCUCAGCCUGUAGAAUUACAAGAAAAGCAAUUGGAAUCUGAAACAAUAUCCUUACAAGCAGAGAAACUUCCCAUUAAAAGAACAUUUGGAAAUAAUGUAUCACAUCAAAACAACUUUUCUUAUUUUAGUGGACUUAAUACAAUGACAGCUUGCUACAAUUGUCUGAAUAUUAUAUUUUCUUAUUUGGAUAUUACAGAUUUAUUGAGGUCAAGAUUAGUAUGCAAAACUUGGCACACGUUGGCAUCUCAGCCAUUUCUGUGGAAAAGCAUCUGUUUGAAUCAUUUAUGCAUAACCAACUGGAAAAGAUUUGCCGUAGCAGUUGACAUUCACAACACAAGAUAUCUGGAUAUGAAAGGGAUGAAGAGCAAGGGGAAACCUUACGACAUGUGGAGAAGUUUCGUUGAUUAUCUGAACUAUUUUGAAAACAUCACUUACAUUGAUCUGGGUAAGGUGCCCACUUUUGUCGUGUAUGGCGUUGCAGAAAUCCUAUUGAAUUUGAAAACCCUGAAGGCCGAAUGCAUUCAGUUAGGAAGAAGAGAUUCUUCCAAUUGCCCCAUCAACUUCAGUCUGUUGAAGAAGCUAUUGAAAUUGGAAUUACUUCAGCUUAAUGCUGUGGAUGGUUUUGUCACACAAAACAACAAUUAUGGAUUGAUGCCUCUUCAGAGGUUUAUCAAAUUAAAAUGUUUGAGCAUUACGACUCUGAAGAACAUUGAAGGUGAACAUUUUAAAUUUCUGGAACAGUUAAAACUUCUGGAAGUCCUAGAGAUAGGGGAUUGUUACAACUGGAAGAGUGAAAACUUUCUCUGCCUCAGAAAUUUUACAAAACUUCGAAAGUUGCGAAUUGAGAAAAUGGGAUCGACCGAAGGGCUAGUCGAAGCGUUAUCAAAUUUAACUGUAUUAGAGAAUCUUCAUCUGAUAUGUUGUAAGACUCCUUCCUCGUUAGGUUCUGCUCUUAAAAAUUUAACAAAGUUGAAGGUUUUGUCGAUAUGGCCGGAUGCAUCAUCUUGUGCUUCUGCCACUAAUUCCAAUACUCUACAAGCAGUUACUCCCUUAAAAACUUUACAAGAAUUUUGUUGGGUGAUAUUGUCGGCGGACAAUACUCCGGGAGAACCUUCCGAUGAAGAAAAGUUAGAAAAUUGUGCCGAGUGUCAAGUGAACUUCGAAGACUCGAGUCUGUCGUUACCCUUUAGGGACGAGGGUUGCAAAAAUUUAAGAGAAACAAAAAAGUCCUUGAACAAAUACAUCACAAUCAGUGAACUCAGAGACAGUCUGAGCAAAGAGUUACCUCAAACAAAAAUAAAAUUCUUUAGGGUACCUCUAAUGCUCUUGGAUAAAUAUUGUGCCUUGAAGUAGAAUAUCUCAUCUAGUCAUUACGCAUACUUAAAUUAUCGAAAAAUCAAAAACACUAUGUAUAGAAUCAUGGAUGAAAAUGUUUCCAGUGAUAUGUAUAGCUCAUAGUUCAAAGAACUUGGUGAUGGAGUGUAUAGUAUUUGCAAUACGAAGAGAAAACCACAAGAGGUAUUUUUUUUGAUGUUUCGAUUCAUUUUUAUCCCGAAGAAAACUUUGUGUAACUUUCAUUUAGAUUCAUGCACAGGGUAAAACCAUUCACACUUAAUCAUAACUCGUCGCAAUUCGAAACAUUAUUACUCUCGAAACUAAAGUUUCGUGUUUGGAUUGCGGCAAUGCAUUCCAUAGAAUUGACAAAAUCAUGGUAUAUAAAACUUAUGUAUUGUAAAAAGUUGAUUAUUGUUUUUAUUUAGAGUGCAUAUUGUAAAAGAAAAUUAUACACACACACACACAUAUAUAUAUAUAUAUAUAUUUCAUUUGUAA